CAUGAGGAACAUGCUGCUGCUGGGUUUGCUCCUGUGCUGGACUCUACCUGUGGACUCCAUGAAGAUCCGUCUCAGCUUCGCGUCUCCGCGGGUGAAGCAGGCCGUCUCCAUGAGCAUGAUGACACACGCAGUAGACGACAUGUACUUUGGCUGCAACGGGUCCAUGAGCAAACAGGUGACAGACUCUUACUUUAAGAGAGAGAACUCUGGAGCGUUCGCUCAUGUCUGGAGGAAAGCUGAAUCCUGUGCGAACAAAAGACUGAGAGAGAAGAGUGAGGGGGACGAGGCUCUGACAAAAGACCACCUGAGAGCCAUCUGUGCUUACACCACCAACUACAAGGAGUUCUACAAGACGUUCAAUCAUCAUGUGAGGAGUGACAUGAGCAAAUACACCACCUCCUUCCCCUUUCACUCCCUGCACUUCUGGCUGACGUCUGCUGUGCAGAUUCUCAGUGACAAUAUGAAGUGUAACACCACGUACCGAAGAACCAAACUCCAGUUGACCGCACAGGUCGGACACAUCGUCCGCUUCGGUUUCUUUGCCUCCAGCUCCUACAAAACAAGCCUGACCCACUUCGGUCAUAAGACCUGCUUUCAGAUUAAAACCUGUGCAGGUGCUUUCCUCAAGCAUUACUCAGCCAUUAGACUUGAAGAGCAGGAGGUGCUCAUCCCGCCCUACGAGAUGUUCAGGGUCACGAUGGGUCCUCCAGUCAAAGGUCUCGGGGACUGUGACAUCGUCCACAUUCUGCAGAGCGCAGGAGUUCACAGUAACGUGAACUGUAAAGCUGCAUAUGCGUCACACACCAGAGCUUUCACUGGUCGAGCAAAGUGACAACGUUUCCUCGUCACAUUUCAAACUAUGAGCCUUUC